AGUUAACGGUCAUAUAUAUAUACUAGUAGUGCAUAUCAGUGUGGAUAGUUGACGACGAUUUAUUAUUUAAUUCACAACGGGUUUCUAUAUCGUAAGGUAUCAAAAUGACUUCAGUUGGCCCUUCUCCUGAGGAAAAGGCUGCCGGUACGGUUGUACCCCCUCCUUCCACAGAACAGAAUGGACUAGCAAAGGAUCAAAAACAGGCCGAAUUCGUAAGUGCUGCUACAAUUGAUGAAGAAACAGUACGCAAGGCGUUGUUAGACUAUGCAAGUGACCAGUGUUGCUGGGGCAAAGGGGCAGCGCGAGAUAUGAAAAUUGAAAAACUGGAGCCGUCUACUUCUUAUCAUUAUAUACUGGAGACAUUCACAGAAGGCAGACGAAUAGUAUUGGAUCAUAUACCACACUAUGAAAAUAAAGUUGAUGGACCUGAAAAUGGACAACCUCCAGGACCAUGGGAAAUGCCAGCAAAAACUCCAACCAUGUUUGAAGAUGAAACGAGUGAAAUUGCCAUCCCACAUACACAUUACGUUAAAAGUUGUCAUAAUUGCGGGGCAAGCGGAAAGAUUGAAUGUUUUGUAUGCCGUGGAAGUGGACGUGUCAAAUGCAAUGGCGGUUGCAGUGGAAAAGGUGAACAAAAGGUUUAUAGAAACAGCGCAUGGGUAAUGGAGAGGUGUAGUAGAUGUAGUGGAAGAGGUGAAAUAAGUUGUAGUAGUUGUGGUAGUAGCGGAAGAAGGACGUGUACCAGUUGUAAUGGUCACCUUCAACUAUUGUGGUUCCAGAAACUCAUCAUUUCUUGGCGAAACAACCGGGCUGAACAUGUUGUGGAAAAAACAAGCCUUCCACCAGAGAUGGUCGCUCAUGCGUCAGGAUCCAUUGGGUUUGAGGACUUACAGCAACAGGUCCUUCCGUUGAAAAAGUUUCCAGAACCAGAAAUAAACUCUGCCUCUCAAAGACUUCUAGGGGAACAUAAGUUUCCAGAUAGCCGUAUAUUAAUGCAACGUCACAAGAUCCGCAUCAUUGCUGUUACCAAAUGCAUCUGUAAAUACAAGAAUAAAGAUAUGACUUACUAUGUGUACGGUUUGGAGAAUGAUGUACACGCACCUGAUUAUCCACAACAGUCAUGUUUUGGAUUUAUUAAUUGUCCAAAAUGUAGCUUGGAUUGCUGUCCAGAAAGCAUAAGAGAAGAUUGUGAUUUUUUUAAAGAAGAAUGUUCAAUUUUGUAAACAUAAAUGAAAAUUUUAUGUUAUAUCUGAUAAAGGUAAAAAUAAAGCUGAAAUAGAUGUAGAUUUCGGUUAAAAUGUAGUUUCCCCAAAAUGUCUUCUAUAUUUAAUAGCACUUUAAACAUGUUUACCUUUUUGAUAUUGUUUCAUAUAUGUACAUAUGUUUUGAUUUUUUUUACAAUUUCAUCUCUUUACUUGACGUGUUAAUUCAUAAAGUGUACUGUUGUGUUGUGGUUUUAAUGCUGAAUACUUGUAGAUAUUCCAAAAUCACAUGAAAUGAGUUUCUUGUAAUAAUAACGUUAAAGGAAAUCAUUGCACUAAUGCAUACAUAUAUACCAAACCAAGUCCUCUGUGCACGUGUGUUUUAACAUUUAUUAGGAAUAAUCGACAAAUCGACAAAUAUUUCAUUCGGUGAUUGUUGAUCGAACACUUUGGCUGUUAAUUAACUUUUAGGUUUUGGUGCCGAAGUUUACCGAUCGUAACCUUGAUAAUAAUCAACACAGAAUCAUACAACACUUCAAAAUGAGUGAGGCGAUAGAACGGUGUUUAAUUCUUUUAUUUUAUAUAUUUUUUUUCAGAAUCAAUUAAUACUAUCUAUGUAUCACAUUUGUUUACCGUUUCCGUCAUCACGGUUUUUUUUUCUCGCACUUGUGCUGUGCAGUUGCCGAAGUUGUAACUAGAGGUCUCAUGGUUAAGGUAGAAUUGAGAAUGGAAUUGGGGAAUGUGUCAAAGAGACAACAACCGGACCAAAGAGCAGAAACAAACCCAAGGCCACCAAUGGGUCUUCAACGCAGCGAGAAAAUCCCGCACCCGGAAGCGGGUUUCGGUUGGUCCCUAUACAAUAAUGUAUACUAGUUCAGAGAAAUGGACGCAACACUAAACUCCGAAACAUAUAAAUGAACCAAAAUAAAAAUAAACCACACUAGACUAACAAAGUCUAGAGGUUCCAGACUUGGGAUCGGCGCAUAACUACCCGCUAAAAAACUGUUGUUGAAUUAGAGUACGGGAAGACAUUAAUUCAAUAUCAGUAGUCACUGUACAUUUUUGAAGAUUUAAAUUAGAUAAAGGAUUUUCUUUCACAAGAUAGUUCAUAUAUAAAUAAAGGCAAAAGUAGUAUACCGCUGUUCGAAACUCAUAAAUCGAUAGAGAUAAAAACAAAUCCGGGUUACAAACUAAAACUGAGGGAAACGCAUCAAAUAUAAGAGGAGAACAACGACACAACAAAAACAUAACAUUAAAAUGUAACACACACAGAAACGAACUAUAAUAUAACAAUGGCCAUUUUCUUGACUUGGUACAGGACAUUUUAAGAAAAAAAUGGUGUGUUGAACCUGGUAUAUACAUAUAUACGUGUUUAAAAUAAAACUAAGCGAUUCAAGUAUAUAAAACAUAUUUAUUUUUUCUUAUUUGAAGUACCUUCUGAUUGUAACUUAAAUUUUAAAGGAUCUGUGAUAUGUUUAUUGUCUUUAUUUGUAUCAUUUCUAUAAUUUGGUAUUUGAUUGUUUUAUAGAAGUUGCACCAUACAAGUUGUAUUCCUUUUUAGUUUGUUUUUCAAUUCACUACCUUAUAUCAAGAUAACACUGCAAUUGAUUUAUAUCUGUGUAUCUUUGAACGGGUGGUCGGUAUGCUGGAGUUUCUUAUCGACAACAUAUUUGUUGAAUUUGGAGGUAGACUUUUUCAACAAAUUGUCGGCAUUCCUAUGGGAACGAACUGUGCGCCUCUCCUUGCCGACCUCUUCUUAUUUUCAUAUGAGUCGGAGUUCCUUCAGACACUUGUCAAAAACAAGAAGAUCAAAGAAGCCAGAUUAUUUAAUUUCACUUUUAGAUAUAUUGAUGAUGUUCUUUCCAUUAACAAUCCGAACUUUUCUGAUUGGGUUCCAUUAAUAUAUCCCCCAGAACUAGAAAUUAAAGAAACAACAGACACGGCUUCCUCCGCCUCAUUUUUAGACUUAUAUCUCGAAUUUGACAUACACAGUCAUCUCAGCACCAGAAUCUAUGACAAACGAGACGAUUUUAGUUUUAAAAUUAUAAAUUUCCCCCACCUUAGUAGCAAUAUUCCAACUUCACCUGCAUAUGGGAUAUACAUUUCCCAACUUAUUCGAUAUUCAAGAGCUUGCAGCUCCUACUCAGACUUUGUAAAACGUCACCAGUGUCUGAGCAGAAAGUUGAUGAACCAGGGGUAUGUCAAAGAACGUCUCGUCCUUUUUCUAAAAAAAGUUCAUCGGAAGGUACCAAGACCUUGUUGAUAAAUAUUCCGUAUCAACUUCACAAAUAAUACAUGAUGGUCUUGAAGUAUAGAUUCUGCAUACUGACGUUGUUUAUCAUCUUAACAACGUGUAAUAUUGUUCUUUCAUUUGUCUUUGUUCUAUUAUUAAUAUUACUUUUACUGUUUGGUUUGUUUUCUGUGAUAUCCAUUUGACGUGGCUAGGUACUUAUACAUCCCGUCAAUGUGUUUGUAUUAUCUUUCAUUUUUGCUGGUGUGUUUUGUAUAUGCGACUUUUUGUGUUUACGUGGUUCUUAUAACGUGACUCUGUACUUUAAAAGAUCCCGUCAUUAUGUUAUUGUUCUAUUAUAUGUCAUUAUGUUAUUGUUCUAUUAUAAAUUUGAAAAUACUUUGAACGACAAACGACAAAUUUAUUUUACUCGCGAAGUGGUAUUUACCAUAUGUGGAUUCUUUAAAAUUCUAAAGAACUUCUGGACAAUUUUAAAUCUCGGUCUAUUUCUGAAAUUAAUUCUAACAUAACUUUUGAUUUUUUAACCCUGUAUACCAACAUUCCCCAUGUGAAAUAAUAAAAUUGUUUUGAAUAAACAUUGAAUGACAAACUUUUUUCUUAUGUGACGUUUACAUUUUCUGACGUCAGACACGCGAAGCAAUGAAUGUGGUUUUUAAUUUGAUAGAUGCUUUUGUGCUUUUUUUGUAAAUAAUUGUUUGUUUUGAUAUUGUAACACAGUGAUGACUGCUGUACCCAUAUUUUGACUAUUUUAUUUAUAAUGUCUGUUUUGUUCACGCAUCGUUGUAAAUAUAACGGAAUUUGAUAAGACUGUCGUACAAGUGAGAGGUUUAGCGCUAUAAAACCAGGUUCAAUCCACCAUUUUCUACAUUUGAAAAUGCCUGUACCAAGACAGGAAUAUGACAGUUGUUGUCCAUUCGUUUGAUGUGUUUUGUCAUUUGAUUUUGCCAUGUGAUUAGGGACUUUCCGAUUGAAUUUUCCUCGGAGUUCAGUAUUUUUGUGAUUUUACUUUUUUUGAUGAGUUUUUAACUUAGAGUUGAAGGUAUUAAAAUUGUUUGCAUUGU